CUAUGGCCGAGGCGGCCCCGGCUCCUGUGAGGGCGGCCCGCGCGCGCACGGACGCGCGGCCUCGGGGCCCCGGAGACGGCCUGCGUGUCCCCGGCUCGGCGGCCCGGCCUGGGAUCUUGAACGGAGACACUGAGGCACAGACACCUGGCGACCACCCGCCCUUCCGGCCCCAAGGUCACGUAGCAAGGCAUCCGUGGCACGGUGCGGCGGCCCCAGAAAGGCCUGCCCAGCGGGCUGCGGGCCUGGACGGGGAGGGGGUGGCUCUGGCGGCGGCUGCCCCUGGGUGAGGGGCCUGGGCCGCCCUGGCAGCAGACGCGGCCCGUCGGAGGCGGCGGGGGAGGCCGGGCAGCGCCCAGCUGGACAUCUCCGCGGUGGGAGCAGGUUACCCUCUGAGCUCAAGCCUCGGCCUCCGGCCUCUGCGUCUGGAAGGUCGCGGGCUAAACUUUGGGUGUCCUGACAGAUGGUGUCUGGGGAGUGAGCUUCUCGGGGGUUGGGGACUGAUGUUCCUCUUCAGGGAGCCACUCUUAAAAAAUCAUCCUUCAGAUCCUCCCGCAGACCUGCUCUUUGAGACGCUCUGGCCAUGUUAGUGAGAGGAUUACUGCAUGGGAGUCAGUGCCUUUGAGCCUCAGUUUCCUAUUGUGUACACAGGAAGGAGGCAGGAUAUAUAGCUUUCUAAAAAGCCUCCCAAUUCUUAAAAAAAAAAAAAAAAAAAAAACUCUUGCGAAAGUAAAAUAAAACGAAGAUUUUUACAUGCCUUAUUCUGGACUCAGUCCUUCCGGGCCCUUGAAUGGCAUAUAAUGCUGGGUGAACCAUACUGGGUCAUUCAAAAAAAUGCCACGACUUUCUUAAUAAGUCAGAUACUGUGGUUAUGGAUGCUUCUGCUAAUGUGGCAUGAAUCCUGGAGACUCUGUCCACUCCUGAUCCGUGGGGGAAGGAGGGACGGUUAAAUCCUACGAAUAUGAUUCAAAAAAAUUCUCCCUCCAACCCCCUACCAGCAAUUUGAGAAUUUCAGCUUAUUAGUUUUAGAUAUAUUUACAGCUCCCUCCCCUCUCUUUGGCCAUUUCUUUCUGCUUGGGGUGAGAUAAGCCACAGGUUUACUGGGAUGGAUGAAAUUAUAGCAAAGGGCUUUUAUUUGGGAGGCGAAGGAGGGAACACACUCCUGUGGCCCCUCUGCAGUCCUCCAAAUCCGGAAAUGGAGAGAGACAGUCUAAUAAUAGCAAAGAAAUAGUAUUUUCCUUUGAGCUCUGAUUUGUCUAGCUAGUAAAGAUGCCUUGGUCUGCUGGCUCUGUCUACUAUAUUGGAGGCUUUUUUUUUUUUUUUUUCAUUGUUUCAGUUAAACCUCUGCAUUACUCAGAGACUCACUUGCUCCCCUGGGAUUUUUUUUCCCCCUUCUUUCUAGUGCUAGGCAGAUACCCUAAUCUCCCUCUGAGGCAAGGGCUGUAAUGUGCCUAUUGUGUUGUGUUUGGCAGUCACUUUCCCUGAGAGCCAGGCGCCUAGCCUUGAGGGCCCCCAGCGCUUCCUUCACCUCAGUGAAGAGUUGAGAGAUGGCUUAGCUGUUGAUGAGCCUUAGGGGUUUAGGGGUCUGUGAGUUCCUUGAAGAUGUUUGCAAAAUUCUAUGUAUGUGCCCUUGUGUCUUUUUUGAGGACAAGAAGCCAAAACUUUCAUUAGGUUUUCAAAGAGGUCCCUGACCCCAACUUAAAUGAUAAUAUCUCUAAAGGCAAGGCCUUCCUCCCCACCUCUCUCAACCCUAUCAAACCUGCCACAAGUCUUUGUGUAUUAAUAAUAUCCAGCCUCGGGAUUUUAGAGGUAAAAAGGAUUCAGAGCAUACACCUGCCUGGCCAGCUGCCUCAGUUGACAAUUAAGGCCUGGAGGUAGCCUGCAGGCUGUGGAACCAGAACACUGGGUGACCUGGGACAGGUUGCUUAGCCUCUCCUGUCCCCAGUGUCUUCCUGUACUAAGUAUGGGUAGUAACUCUAGUAGUACCUGUUUCAUAGAUUUUGUGAGGAUUAAAUGAGAUAAUCCUUUAAAAUGCUUAACACAGCUCACGGCACAUAAUAAAUACUGGAUCAUUGUUAGCCAUUCUCAGCUGAUUAGUGCUCAUGUCUGGUUCACGGUAGAGGCCAUUAGACAAUACUACCUCAAAACCCUUUUGUGACUAGGAUCUUGAAUAUUCAAUCCGUGGCUUAAAAGUAUGAUGCUGUCACAGUUAAGUCACCUAUAAGUGAACCAAUAAAAGAAAAAAAAGCUGUAGAAGAUAUGGAAUAGCUUUAGAUAAGUCUCUGAUAGGUGACUAAAGGAACGUCAUUAUUUAUCCUAAUAAUUUUUUUGUAACUCAACAAUUUACUCUUCAGGCCCAUACUCUACACAUACUAUAUGUCAGACUGAACACUGGGGAUAUGCUAAUUUUCAACGGAAGAAAAUUGAAAUUUUAAUUAAAGACCACUUGGAUAUAGAGCAUAGUGACUGAGCAGAUUCACUGAAGGAAGAUGAUGAGGGAGCGGACAGACAUUGUAACAGGAGAAAUUGUGGUCGGUUCCGAAAGAUAUUGAUGAUCUAGGUAGGUAAAUACAUAACUAGUUACUCACAGAAGAUCGUGGCUUCGCCUCCCAGUGAUUCAAGAAUUCGCUCAAUGUGAGUAUGGCAGGGUGGGGAACGAGGAGAACGUGGGUCAUUGAGAUCCCAGAAAGACUCCAAGUCUUUGUGGUGAUGUAGUCCCCCCAAAUCUGGAUACCAGUCACCAGUCUGGCUGACUUCUGCUCUGCUGCCCGUCCUUCCAGGCCUCACUGCUUCCUCAUUCCCCACCUCAGAAACCUGAGGGUGGAACCCAGACCACCUGAGCACACCUACUGCAGUGGAUCGCUGCCCACUCCUAGGAGUGGUUGAAUUGCCUGCCUUCACCUGCCUUGAUGUCUCGCUCUGCUUAUAGCAGAAGCCAGGCCAGAAUAUCCAGAAGCCCAUUCAGCCUCUACAGCAGGGGCCGGGCACAUAGAAGAUGUUUCCAAGUCGAACGUAUACCAUACUGACUCAUUGAGAUGAGUCUGCAGUGCAGCUGUUAUCAAAGAGUUCAACAGCUGGACAUGGAGAAUCAACGCUCAUCACCUCUGUCGUUCCCCAGUGUUCCUCAAGAAGAAACCUUACGUCAGGCCCCUGCUGGACUCCCCCGAGAAACUCUGUUCCAAUCCUGCGUUCUUCCUCCCAAAGAAAUUCCUUCUUUGUCUCCCACCAUUCCCCAACAAGGCUCCCUGCCUCAAACUUCCAGUGCUCCCAAGCAAGAAACUUCUGGCCGGAUGCCACAUGUGCUCCAGAAGGGACCGUCACUCCUGUGUUCUGCCGCUUCUGAGCAAGAGACUCCUCUCCAGGGCCCCCUGGCUUCCCAGGAAGGGACCCAGUAUCCACCCCCAGCUGCUGCUGAACAAGAAAUCUCCCUUCUCUCCCACUCCCCCCACCACCAAGAAGCCCCCGUUCACUCCCCUGAAGCGCCUGAGAAAGACCCCCUGACCCUUUCCCCAACAGUUCCCGAGACUGACAUGGACCCCCUGCUCCAGAGCCCGGUUUCCCAAAAGGACACCCCCUUCCAGAUCUCUUCUGCAGUCCAGAAGGAACAGCCGCUCCCCACGGCGGAGAUCACCCGCUUGGCUGUGUGGGCUGCCGUCCAAGCAGUGGAGAGGAAGCUGGAGGCCCAGGCCAUGAGGCUACUGACCCUGGAAGGCAGGACGGGGACAAAUGAAAAGAAGAUAGCCGACUGCGAAAAGACAGCCGUGGAGUUUGCGAACCAUCUGGAGAGCAAGUGGGUCGUGCUGGGGACCCUGCUGCAGGAGUACGGGCUGCUGCAGAGGCGGCUGGAGAACAUGGAGAACCUGCUGAAAAACAGAAAUUUCUGGAUCCUGCGGCUGCCCCCCGGCAGCAAUGGAGAAGUUCCCAAGGUCCCUGUCACAUUUGAUGAUGUCGCUGUCCACUUCUCAGAGCAGGAGUGGGGAAACCUGUCCGAGUGGCAGAAGGAGCUCUACAAGAACGUGAUGAGGGGCAACUACGAGUCCCUGGUUUCCAUGGACUAUGCAAUUUCCAAACCAGACCUCAUGUCACAGAUGGAGCGCGGGGAGCGGCCCACCAUGCAGGAGCAGGAAGACUCUGAGGAGGGUGAGACCCCGACAGAUCCCAGUGCUGCACAUGACGGGAUCGUGAUUAAGAUCGAGGUACAGACCAACGACGAGGGCUCAGAAAGUUUGGAGACACCUGAGCCCCUGAUGGGACAGGUGGAAGAGCAUGGCUUUCAGGACUCAGAGCUGGGUGACCCCUGUGGGGAACAGCCAGACCUGGACAUGCAGGAGCCAGAGAACACGCUGGAGGAGUCCACAGAAGGCUCCAGCGAGUUCAGCGAACUGAAGCAGAUGCUGGUGCAGCAGAGGAACUGCACGGAAGGGAUCGUGAUCAAGACAGAGGAACAAGAUGAGGAGGAGGAAGAGGAGGAGGAGGAUGAGCUGCCGCAGCACUUACAAUCCCUUGGGCAGCUGUCCGGGAGAUACGAGGCCAGUAUGUACCAGACCCCGCUGCCCGGGGAGAUGUCCCCCGAGGGCGAGGAGAGCCCCCCGCCUCUGCAGCUAGGAAACCCCGCAGUGAAAAGGCUGGCGCCCUCCAUGCAUGGUGAGCGGCACCUGAGCGAGAACCGCGGGGCCUCAAGCCAGCAGCAGCGGAACCGGCGCGGCGAGCGGCCCUUCACCUGCAUGGAGUGCGGCAAGAGCUUCCGCCUGAAGAUCAACCUCAUCAUCCACCAGCGCAACCACAUCAAGGAGGGGCCCUACGAGUGCGCCGAGUGCGAGAUCAGCUUCCGGCACAAGCAACAGCUCACGCUGCACCAGCGCAUCCACCGCGUGCGCGGAGGCUGCGUCUCACCCGAACGCGGGCCCACGUUCAACCCCAAGCACGCGCUCAAGCCACGCCCCAAGUCACCCAGCUCGGGCAGCGGCGGUAGUGGCCCCAAGCCCUACAAGUGCCCCGAGUGCGACAGCAGCUUCAGCCACAAGUCCAGCCUGACCAAACACCAGAUCACGCACACGGGCGAGCGGCCUUACACGUGCCCCGAGUGCAAGAAGAGCUUCCGCCUGCACAUCAGCCUGGUGAUCCACCAGCGCGUGCACGCGGGCAAGCAUGAGGUCUCCUUCAUCUGCAGCCUGUGCGGCAAGAGCUUCAGCCGCCCUUCUCACCUGCUGCGCCACCAGCGGACUCACACGGGCGAGCGGCCCUUCAAGUGCCCCGAGUGCGAGAAGAGCUUCAGCGAGAAGUCCAAGCUCACCAACCACUGCCGUGUGCACUCGCGCGAGCGGCCACAUGCCUGCCCCGAAUGCGGCAAGAGCUUCAUCCGCAAGCACCACCUCCUGGAGCACCGGCGCAUCCACACAGGCGAGCGGCCCUACCACUGCGCCGAGUGCGGCAAGCGCUUCACGCAGAAGCACCAUCUGCUGGAGCACCAGCGAGCGCACACGGGCGAGCGGCCCUACCCCUGCACGCACUGCGCCAAGUGCUUCCGCUACAAGCAGUCGCUCAAGUACCACCUGCGGACCCACACGGGCGAGUGAGCGCGCGCCCCGCCACCGCUGCCCGGCCAGGUGCGCGGGCCGAGCCCCCCUCGGACACCGCCAGGCCCGAGCCCAGCGGGCGGGGGCGGGGCGCCCCCCAGCCCCUUUGCCGUGAGCUCCCCUCUCCUUUCGUCCCUCCUCCCAAGGACAUGGGGGCAGUGAGACCAGGUCCCUUGCUGCCGCGUUUCCCCGGGGCCCCAGGGGGGAGGGCGCGGACCUGGGGAACCCUUUCGGGCUGUUAAUUUCCUUGACAAUAAAAUGGAUGAAACCAAUCAGCACGGGGGGCGUGAUUUGGCCGCCGGCCACUCAGAGGGGCGGUGUAGGGCCCAUCUAGUUGGGGAUAGAACUUUAUAAUUACCUUUUGGAUACUGUGGUUCUAUUUGAUAAUAAUAGAGUAAUUUUUAAAAGA